AUGGGAAAUAUUAAAGCGCUACAAAAAGCUUAAUAAUAACAUUAGUGUUGUUAAUGAUAUUGGUAUGUUCUUUAACUCUAAACAUUUUCUUUAUAAUAUUUAAGAGAUCAAAUUUUGAUGAGGAUGAAAGAAGUGAGUUGAGUUGGAGUAAAAGGGCAGCAAAGGAAGCUGAGGCUGUGGCAGCAAUCUCAUGUUCUGGUCAUGGAAGAGCCUAUUUGGAUAGUUUUAUUAUUGGUUUUGAUCAACAAAAAAUACCAAUUUGUGAGUGUAAUUCUUGCUAUGUUGGAUCUCAUUGUCAGAACUUUCUUCCUUCUUGUCCUGCAAAUGCUGAUGGUGGAGAUCCACUUUUCUUGGAGCCAUUUUGGAUGAAAAAUGCAGAUAGGAGUGCAAUCAUGGUGGCUGGUUGGCACAGAAUGAGUUAUAUCUUUAACCAUUCAGGCUCCAUGUCUAAACAACUUGAAGCUCAAAUUCACCAUAUCCAUGACAUUGUUGGAAAUGCAUUAACUCAAGGAAAAUACAUUAUUUUUGGAACUGGCUCAACACAACUUAUUAAUGCUGCUAUUCAUGCCCUUUCACCUCAUAAUUCCUCUUCUCCUUCUAUAGUUGUGCCUUUAAUCCCUUAUUACCCGCUUUACAAGCAACAAACUGAGUUUUUUCAAGAGGUUGAAUACAAGUUUGAAGAGGAUGCAUCUUUGUGGAUGAAGAAGAUGAACAACUGCUCUAAUGAUGAUAAUAUAAUUGAAAUUGUGACCUCACCAAACAAUCCUGAUGGGAAGCUCAAUCGUGCUCGUUUUCAACACCCAAAUGCCAAAGCCAUAUAUGAUAGAGUCUAUUAUUGGCCACAUUUUACUGCAAUUUCAGCUCCAGCUGAUGAUGAUAUUAUGUUCUUUUCACUUUCCAAGCUCACCGGUCAUGCAGGCACUAGAUUUGGAUGGGCAGUGGUGAAGGAUGAAAUUGUGUUCACAAGAAUGAAUAAAUACUUGUCUGUGAACACAAUGGGAGUUUCACACGAAUCUCAACUAAGAGCUUUACAUCUUAUGAAAGUAAUUAUUGAUCAAGCAAAAGAAGGAGAGACAAUAUUUGAUUUUGGGUAUAAAACGAUGAGAAAUCGUUGGGAAAAAUUGAAUGAAAUCGUGUCGGUUUCGAAACGCUUUUCUCUUCAAAAAUUAGAAUCUCAGUACUGUAAUUUCUUCCACAAAAUUAGGGGACCUUCACCAGCUUAUGCAUGGUUGAAGUGCCUAAGAAAAGAAGGAGAAGGAGAAGGAGAAGAAGAAGAUUGCUAUGAAAUUAUGAGAGCAGCAAAUAUAGUUGGGCGUAGAGGAAGCAUUUAUGGUGAUGAAGACAAGUAUGUAAGACUUAGCCUUGUAAGGACCCAAGAUGAGUUUGAUCAUCUACUUAACCAACUCAACAUCUUCAUCUCACAAGAAUCCACUUCCAAAUCUAUUUAACUAUUCUUAAAAUAAUAACAAUAUUGUUAUUAGACAUCAAUAGUGAGUGCGAACAUUAAUUUUCCACAUAAUAAUUAUUAAAUAAAAUAUGCGGCCCUCAAUGUUUAAUUACACUAA